AUGUUUUCAAACUGGUCUGCUGCCUCUCAGAAGAAAGUAUUUCUCAAGGGAACUGCAAGAUUAAUUAGUGCCCUUUCAGCUCUAUUACAACACGAUGAUGGUGUUGCUAAUAGAGGUAGAAACGUUCACCUUCCUGCUGUGGCAUCUGCUGAGUAUACACCACGAGCGUCCAGAGCACGUCCUUCCAAGACCGGGCGAAGCAUGGAGUGUUCACCCCUUGAGGAGGGUGGGGACUGUUCAACUCACGAGUAUGUGCAAUGGAUCCCCAAAUUGGAAAUACAUAUCAUACAACUGCAAGAGUGA